AUGGGUAGAAACGCGCAAGCCUACUUUGUUGGAGGCAUCUCCGCCCUCGGUGGUCUCCUCUUCGGUUAUGAUAUCGGAGUCAUGUCUUCCAUUCUGGAGAUGGACCAGUGGAAGAACUAUUUCCAUCACCCCCUUUCAACUGGGGUUGGUGUCAUUACCUCUAUUCUUACCGCUGGCUGCUUUGUCGGCUCGCUGUGUGCCGGCUACCUCGCCGACAAGCUCUCACGUAAGCGCACCAUUAUGGCUGCCUCUCUCGUUUUCAUCCUCGGUGCUGUCAUCCAAACUGCUUCCAUUAACCGCGGCAUGCUGAUUACUGGUCGUUUCAUUGCUGGUCUCGGUGUUGGUACUCUGUCCAUGGUCGUCCCUGUCUAUCAGUCCGAAGUCGCUCCCCCCGCCAUUCGUGGUCGUCUUGUCAGUCUGCAGCAGUGGUCUAUUACUUGGGGUAUCCUUAUUGCGUUCUGGAUCGACUAUGGCUGCCACUUUAUCAAGAGCAACGCCUCGUGGCGUCUAGCCCCUGGGUAUCCAAAUGGUGCCUGCACUUAUCCUGUUUGUCGCCAUGUUCUUCAUUCCUUACUCACCCCGCUGGCUCAUGUGGAUAACGACCGCUUCGAUGAGGCUCGCAAGUGCCUUGCUCGCCUGCGCGCUGGUGGUGACGAGAAUGAUCCUGCUGAUAUCAAGGAGGCUGUCCGCCUCGAGCGCGAGACUGUUGUCCGCAGCUACACCGAGCUGGCCAAGUACCCGAUUCGCCGCCGCGUGUCGUCCUCUGGUGUUGUCAUCCAGGCUCUCCAGCAGCUCACUGGUAUCAACGUCAUCAUGUACUUUGCACCUUCGAUCUUCAAGCAGUCCGGUCUCAGCUCCGACAACGCCUCACUUCUUGCUCAAGGCUGUCGCCACCUGGCGCCUACUCAGAACAAGGAGAAGCUAUCUGAUGGGAGCGUCGACCUGCAUCUGCCUAAGGGUAUCUCGUAUCUGGUCAUUGUCAUGGUGUACCUGUUCGUUAUCUCGUUCGCUGCCUCGUGGGGCCCUGUUGGCUGGAUCUAUCCGGCUGAGAUCUUCCCCAUGCACAUUCGCUCGCGUGCCAGCUCCAUUGCGACCGCAUCAAACUGGCUGUUCAACUUUGUUGUUCGGUCUGGUUGCACCUAUCCUGAUCAAGAAGAUCACAUGGGGUCUUGA